CAGGCGGCCGCGUGCGCGCGCAGCCUGAACGAGCUCUCCGAGCUCCUGCGCUUUGAGGCGAGGCGGCGAGAAAGAGAUUGGAGGUCGAUGUUAAAUCGGUAAGAACGCGUCCCCGGGAGAUUCUGACAAUACUGAUGGAGAACACGCAGGAAUCAGACUCUGUUCUUCAGUCAACUGAGAUCUGCCAAAAGGGGAACAAAUUGAACUUUUCCAAAGGGCCAGAUCAUCGGCAGCGUUCCCGAGAUAAACUGAAGCUCUUUAUCUGUUCUGAAUGCGGUAAGAGCUUCAACAAAUACUCACACCUCAAAUUGCACCUAUUGGUCCACACAGGAGAGAAACCUUUCAAAUGCCGUGUCUGUGAGAAAGAAUUCAAUCACCCAUCCAGCCUUCGUAAACAUGAGAUCACACACACAGGAGAGAAGCCAUUCAAAUGCUCCGACUGUGGAAAGAGUUUCAAUGACUCGUCUAAUCUGUCCCGGCACAAGCGCAUUCACAGUGGUGAGAAGCCAUUUAAGUGCAACAUGUGUGACAAAGGGUUUACUUACUCUCACCAUCUAGUAUCACACCAGCGUACUCACACAGGAGAAAAACCGUUUCAAUGCUCAACAUGUGGGAAAGAGUUCAGCCAGUCAUCCACACUCGUGAUGCACAAGCGAACACAUGCUGACAAGAGGCCCUAUAAGUGUGGCACAUGUGGGAAGGGGUUCCAGCUGUCACGCCACUUGGUGACUCACCGCCGCACGCACACUGGAGAGAAACCAAUCGAACGUGGGAAGGAGUUCAAGCAGGACUCCAAUUUGGUGAAACAUCAGCGGAUUGAUACAGGAGAGCUGCCGUAUAAAUGUACCUUCUGCAGUAAGAUGUUCCGUCAGUCUCACAACCUAAUGAUCCACAAGCGUAUACACAAUGUGAAGAAGCCAUAUCAGUGCUCCACACGCAGGCAGGAGUUCAACCAGCAUUCGUCCCUGCUGAAGCAUCAGCAAACACACAAAGGAGAGAGGCCAUACUUAUGUUCUGUGUGCGAAAAGAGGUUCAAGGGCUCCAGCAUGCUGGUGACACAUCAUGUCAACAUGGGUGACAGCCCCUGUCAUUGCAUUGGAUGUGGAAAAGUUUUCAAAAACUCAUCAAAUCUCAUCCAGCACCAGACUGUACACACAGAAGAGUGGCUGCAUAAACGUGCUGGGUGUGAGAAGGGCUUCAAGCGUACGCACAAGUCAUGCGCACAACUUAUUGAGCCAUCAGGACGACCACACAGGAAAGAUUCCAUUCAAAUGCACAAGAUGCAGGAAAGGCUGUAAAACUCCUCCAUCUGUUACAUCACCAGCACAGCCACAGUACAUGAGAUCUUGUCAUCUUCCCUUCCAUCUCCCCCUGCUUUCCUCUUACACACAAGAUCAACAUCAGCAUUUGGAUAAGACAUUGUCCCUUAAUAUCCCGAAUCUCCUUUCCUCUACCAUAAGCUAGAUGGAAUGGGUAUUGCAUUGUGCCACUUGAAGGAGGUACUGACGCACCCCAAUUUGUGGGCUAAAAUAAUUUUGAGUGUGUUAAGCAGGUGUCCACACCAGUAUCAGCGCCUUUUUGGAAUUCACUUUCAAUGUGACAUUUGAGAGCAAAAUCUGUGGAACCACUUCAAAAAUUCUGUCUAAUGUUGAAUCGACCCCUUGCAUCAGAGGGUAAAUUGAAAUUUGGCACCCUGUAAUUUUCUGGUGUCUUCCAAGUCAUGGCCCAAGUUAGGAACACUGAGGGGACCCAAUUUGUUGCUCCAUGAUAUGGAGUCCACUAUACUUGGACCUCAGGAGGUGAGAGCUGUCAGAAAUCCAGCAAAUGAUGUUAUCUGAGUGGACCUGCGUUUUUCAUUGCCAAGACUUCAGAGAAGGGCAGAAAUUUUGCUGUUAGACCUUCAGAAACCUGGCAUUAGCAGGUCCUGUCAUAUUUCCCUCCCAGACACAGUUGGGCUGUUGGACCAUCUUGGGUGGGCCAAGGAACUUCAGCACCUUUGUUUUGAACAUUUUGUUUCCAUAUAACAGCGUGAGUCGAUUUAUAUUGGAAAAGCAGCCGGAGAUAUGAAUAGAUCCCUAAAAUCUCCUCAAGUCUGCCAGUAUCAUUUUCUUCAAAUUGUUUAUUCUGUUUUCAAGAAUACUGUUGAGAAUUGCAGGAAAGGACGUGGGAAAAUGACGGACAAGUUAAUUAGUCUUGGCAGAAUCUUCAUAAAGAAGUGCUGUUGCCAGAUGGACUUUACAUCCUGUUACCAAUAUGCAAUAGGAAAAAUUAAGGCAGCCUAGUAUGCUUCCGGUAUGAUAAACCUAAUGUGACACCAGACCAGGAACCACUAAUGACUUCUUCUAGUUUUAUGAAACUCAGUGCUCUCCCAUGGAAUGAUGCAAGUUUAGAAGGCCAUUCUCUAUAACUGUGCUGUUCAGUAUGAAUGUUUCACACACUCAGUCACAAAUUGCUGAGAUCCUAAAAAUAACAUUGAGAACAAUUUAAUUUUUUUUCCUUCCCAUUUGCCUGAGUGAUCAGAGUGAAGAAAACAUUCAAUAGUGAAUAUUUGGAAGAUGGUGUUUCUGUAAUGAUUCAUUGAAUUUGCCCCACGUAUGUGGGAUUAGCUUCUUCUAUAGAUGAACACACACAAGGAUGGCAGGAGCUUUAUGCAUGCCUGGGGCAGAAGAGGGGCCGUUUUUUCAGUGUCUUUGGCACCUCCCUUGGCAUCACCAUGCCCAACAGCUCAGAUUAGAAGUCAAAACAGAAAAUACUGAAAUACUCAGUGGGCCUGGCAGCAUCUGUGGAGAGAGAAAUAGUUAACAUUUCAGAUCAAUGAUCUUUCAACAGAACUGGGAAAAGCUAGAAAUAACUUUUUUAAGCAUGUAACGGGGUGGGGGGCCGGGUGGGAAAAAGAGCAAAAGGGAAGGUCUGUGAUAGGAUGCAAGACAGUGGAGAUUAAAUAACAAAAGAGUUGGUGGUACAAGGCCAAAGGGACUAUGUAGAUGGACAAGCAAAGAAACAAAACAUGUCCAGAGGAGGUGUGAAUGGUAGAAUGAUGAACAGGUCAAAGAUGAGUAAAUCAAAAAUCAAGAAAGAGAAAAGGAAACAAUUGGGACCAAGUUUACUGUAGUUCCAGCAUUUUGUUUUUAUUUCAGUUUUUCUGUGUCUGAUAUAUUUUGCUUUUGUUUCAGAUUAGAAAUCCCUGCUUUGAGGUACUGAACAUAAAUCAUAGAAUCUUUUCGCAUAGGAGACCAUUCAGCAUAUCUUGCCCCUGUUGACCCUUUAAAAGAGCAGUUGUGUUUAAUCCUUUAUUUCUGAUUUUUGUCUGUAAUUUUGCAUGUUCCUCACCCUCAAAUACAUGGCCAACUCCAUUUAAAAAUUAAUAAUGGAAUCAGCUUCCACCACCUCUUCAGGUAAAGAGUUCCAGAUCCUGACAACAGUUAAGUGGGAAAAACAAUUUUGUCUCAAGGCAAACAGUCUUAACUUUUCUAAUCUUUGACCAUAACUGAAGUCCUUCAUCGCUGGUAAACCCCUUCUGUGCCCUUUCUAAGGCUCCCGACAAUUCUCCACAGUGCUCCGGCUGAGGGUAUACCAGUGAUUUAUAAAGUUCGAGCACAGAUUUCUUUACUUUUAUAUUCUAUGCCUCUAUACAUAAACCCAAGAAACCCAUGUGUUUUUUAACCAUCUGCCACCUUUAACCUUCUCUGUUUCCUUAUUAAAGAAUUCAACUCCAACCAAAGUAGUCAGACAGAAUUUGUCAUUAACAAAUCCAUGCUGGCCCUCUGAUUAACCCAAUAAAAAUUUGUUUUAUGCAUGAUAAUGGUUUCCAAUAACUUCCCCACUUCAAAUGUUAAGCUGAAUGGUGUAUUGUUAAUGGUUUAACCCUCCCCUCUUUUGAAUAGUGGCCUUAAGUAAGAAACCUUCCAGUUACUAUAUCCAGUGACUAUUAAAAGACUGUGACCAAUGGCUUUGAAAGUUCUAUCUUCGCUUCUUUUAGCAAUCUAGGAUACAUUCCAACUAGACCAAGUGAUUUACCAACUUUCAAUCUUUUUAGUACGUCUUCUCUUCUAUUACAAUCCAUAAAAUCUCCCCUCUUUUGCUGUAAACUAUAAAAAGAAUAGGUAGGUCACUUAGUUCGAAUGUGGGAGUCUACUUAGAAGAAAAACUUGAACUACAAAUAUAUCAAUCACUAAAAGUUACACCACAGGUUAGCAAGGCCAUAAAGCAAAUCAAGCACUGGGCUUUGUUUCUAGAUGGAUAGAAUUGAAAAGUAGGGUAGUUAUGCUAAACCUGUAUUAAGCCUUGGUUAGACCACACUUAAGUGUACUGUAUGCAGUUCUGGUCACCAUUUUAUAAAAGGGAUCUAAAUACAUUGGAGAGUGUAGAGAAGAUCUACAAAGACGAUGCCAGAAAUGCAUGGGUACAUAUCAAGAAAGGAUUGACUUCUUGGCCUCUUUUUUUUCUUCUUGAAGAAAGGCUGAAGGGUGACCUAAUAGAAGUCUUUAAAAUUAUGAUAAAGUGGAAUGUUGAUAGAGCAGAAUAUAGAGAAAAUGUUUCCUCUUGUGGAGAAGAGCAUUACUGGAGGUCAUCAAUGUAAGUUCGUCACUGAGAAAUCCAAUAGGAAAUUCAGAAGAAACUUAAUUACCCAAAGAGUGCUGAGAAUCUCUACCACAGUAAACAUUUGAAGCGAAUAGUAUACAGGUAAAUGCAUUUAAGGAGAGGAUAGGUAAGCAUAUGAGGGAUAAGGGGAUAGAGGGUUACAAUCAUAGAUUUAGAUGGAGAAAGAUUGGAGGAGGCUCAAGUGGAGCAUAAAUAUCAGCAUAGACUGGCCGAAAGACCUGUUUCUGUGCCAUAUAGCCUAUGUAAUACGUAAUCUUCACAUCAUCAGCUUCCUUGCUGAAGGCAGGUGCAAGUACUCAUUUAACAUUUUUUAGCCAUAUCCUGUGUCUACAUGUAGAUUUCCCUUUGGUUCUUUAAUAGAUCCAGCUUUUUCCCCAGCCAAACACCUUUACACUUUGAGUGCACUAAAUUUCAGCAAAACUGCACCUCCCAUUUUGGAAACAUUUUAAAUGUAAUCAGAGCCUAUAAAUGUGCCGAUAACUCAGAUGCAUGUGUGUCAAAACUUUUCUUCAAUGUUUUGAUAGUUUGAAGCAAUAAAGCUUAAUGGCUCCUAUAAAAAAACUUGUUUUCUAACAUGUAGACUGUGGAAGAAAAAUCACUCAAAUAUUGCAGGGAUUUUAUUCUACUAAAGUGGCCCCAUAAUCUGAAACAUUUUAGGGGAGAUAACUUUAUCAGUGUGGCUCACUUGGUAACAUUCAAAAGUCAUGGGUUUUAACCAGCACCAGGACCUGGCCAUAUUAAUUAGGCUGACACUCAAAUGCCGCAUUAUAACAUAUGCCAAUCCUUGGAAGAGACUUCAAAUCAAGGUGUUGUCUGUCUGGUCACAUGGACAGUAAAACCUUGAUGGGUUGGUAUUGUGAAGAGAUGAUCAAAUAGUCUAUUCAUCUGCAGUAAACAAAAUGUACACUUACUAUAUGGUUGUGUGUAGGAUGGGCAUGGAGAGUUUCCUGUCCGAAGAUACAUUGAAAAUAAAAAAAAUUUUCAGUGACGUGUAUAUGUAAAAUUUAGGAAAUAAACACAGUGUGUGCAUCCACUCUUGUAAA